GUAGCGGCUGGUGUGUGGCCCGUGGCAGUGGCGCUCUAGCCCGCGGUGUGCGGGGCGAGCUCUCAGUGGUGCGGCCGGCGGGCGGCGAUGGCGGCCGUACGGGGCCUGCGAGUGUCGUUGAAGGCGGAGGUCCCAGCGGGGCCGGCCUUGGGGCCCCCGUCGCCUGAAGCGGAGUCAGGUUUGGACCGCGGCGAGCCGGAGCCCAUGGAGGUGGAGGAGGGCGAGCUGGAGGUCGUGCCGGUUCGGCGCUCGCUGAAGGAACUGAUCCCGGACACAAGCAGAAGAUAUGAAAACAAGGCUGGCAGCUUCAUCACUGGAAUUGAUGUCACCUCCAAGGAAGCAAUUGAAAAGAAAGAACAGCGAGCCAAGCGCUUCCAUUUUCGAUCAGAAGUAAAUCUUGCCCAAAGAAAUGUAGCCUUGGACCGAGACAUGAUGAAGAAAGCAAUCCCCAAAGUGAGACUGGAGACAAUCUACAUUUGCGGCGUAGAUGAGAUGAGUACCCAGGAUGUCUUUUCCUAUUUUAAAGAAUAUCCUCCGGCCCACAUUGAGUGGUUGGAUGAUACCUCCUGUAACGUGGUUUGGUUGGAUGAAAUGACAGCCACACGAGCCCUUAUCAAUAUGAGUUCCCUGCCAGCCCUGGAUAAGAUAAGAAGCAAGGAUGCCAAUGAGGACAAGUCAUCUGAGAAAAGUAAAAAAGACAAGCAAGACGACAGUUCCGAUGACGAUGAGGCUGAAGAAGGGGAAGUUGAAGAUGAGAACGCAAGUGAUGUAGAGUUGGACACGUUGUCUCAGGUAGAAGAAGAGUCUCUGCUAAGAAAUGAUCUUCGUCCAGCUAACAAACUUGCUAAAGGAAAUAGAUUAUUCAUGAGAUUUGCUACAAAAGAUGACAAAAAGGAACUUGGAGCAGCGAGAAGAAGUCAGUAUUACAUGAAAUAUGGGAAUCCAAAUUACGGAGGCAUGAAAGGAAUUCUUAGUAAUUCUUGGAAGCGAAGAUACCAUUCCCGUCGCAUUCAGCGGGAUGUGAUCAAGAAGAGAGCCCUGAUUGGGGACGACGUUGGCUUGACAUCCUAUAAACACCGACAUUCCGGACUAGUGAAUGUUCCUGAGGAACCCAUUGAAGAGGAGGAAGAGGAGGAGGAGGAAGAGGAGGACCAGGACAUGGAUGCUGAUGACAGGGUGGUGGUGGAGUACCACGAGGAGCUCCCAGCCCUCAAGCAGACCCGGGAGCGGAGCACAUCUAGGCGGUCCAGUGCCAGCAGCUCAGACUCAGAUGAAAUGGACUAUGAUCUAGAACUGAAAAUGAUUUCCACGCCUUCACCAAAGAAGAGCAUGAAAAUGACGAUGUAUGCUGACGAAGUGGAAUCGCAGUUGAAAAAUAUCAGGAACUCCAUGAGGGCAGAUACUCUAUCUACAAGCAAUAUAAAAAACCGAAUUGGUAACAAAUUAACACCUGAGAAAUUUGCAGAUGUCCGACAUUUGUUAGAUGAAAAACGUCAACACACACGUCCACGGCCACCUGGCAGCAGUACUAAAACAGAUAUACGCCAGCGAUUAGGAAAAAGACCACAUUCUCCGGAAAAGGCUUUUAGUAGUAACCCAGUCGUUCGGAGAGAGCCCUUUUCUGAUGUACAUAGUAGGCUAGGUGUUCCCAGGCAAGAUGUUAAAGGCCUCUACUCUGAUACUCGGGAGAAGAAAUCAGGUAGUUUAUGGACUCGCUUAGGAUCUGCACCCAAGACCAAAGAAAAGAACACGAAGAAAGUGGAUCACAGGGCGCCCGGCACAGAGGAAGAUGACUCCGAGCUGCAAAGGGCAUGGGGGGCUCUGAUUAAGGAGAAAGAACAGUCUCGCCAAAAGAAGAGCCGCUGUUACCAGCACCCUUUUCCCAAGAAAAGUCAAUUCCCAGGUGCUUAUUGGACAGCCUUCGAGGGGGAAGAUGAGGGAAGCUGCCAGCUCACCCUUCCAGGAUCCUAGUGUGGGGGCCGAAUCUCAUGGACCUGACCUCAGAGGUGCAUCCGUGCCGCCCAGGUAGAUAAGAGCCGCAGCGUCGAUCGCCCUUCGUUCCUCCCUGGGGAUUUCUGUUAGGGGGCCUUGUUAGCGAUCAGCUUGAAGUGAAGAUAAAGUUCAGUGCUGUGGGAUUUUUAGGAACAAAAAACUGUGACUUUGGGAUUUGGGGUGGAUUUUUGUGCUAGGGGUGGGGUCAUGGGUUAAUGUUGAACAAUUUUUAAGUCUGUAUUAUGUUUAAAAAAUAUUAAUGAUUUAAAAGUUAAAAUUUUUAAUUUUUAUAUGUGAAAAUACUUCCUAUUGGCUACGAGGGAAGCUCAAGUGGUGUCUUCUUAUGUGCUGUUAAAUAUAUAUUAUAUACUUUGGAAGAAGGCAGAGAGGGGAGCCUCAUUAUUUUUAAAUGAUCCUAAGUGUAUAGUCUGUCUGUUGUACAUAGAGUUUAACUUGCUUUUUGGCCGCUGUAGGGAAAAAUACCCAUCCAUCUGAGAUGGGAACCUGUCAUUUAUCAUCACUUCAGAAGUGAUACACUGUUAUUUAUUCUUUCUGUCUCCAAGUUCUGGCACUUGAAGACUUCUUCAAAACUGGCAAAUAAGAUAAUAGUUAUAGAAAUUUUAGUUCAUUUAUUUCUAAACUCCUUUCAGAUUAUUUUACCAUGAGAAGGUGGUAGAUUAUUUUGUCUUCCUGUCUGAUUUUUAUUUUGAAGUAUUUAGUGUUGUAUUCCUCUGCAGGCUUAAAAAUAGCGUUUCACUUCAAUUCAGUAGAGCUUAGGAGUUAAAGAGAAUAAAGCCUGUGUUGCUUGUGUGGUGUUACAACCCCUCACCUGUCUGGAAUGUCCAGCACCCAGUGCAGCUCAGGGUUCUAGAGAUCUUUGCUCGUGCCUGAGCUAAUGGUCAUAUGAUUAGUUGAUUGCAGUGUGGUGCGAUGGAGGGCGGAACGAACGCUUUGUUUAAUAAAGAAAGGCGGGGAGACUUGAGAGUUGCAACAAGAACUGUGUUGUCCAUAUUUUGUUGGUUAACCUGCUUUUUCCCUCCCUGUAGAAAGAUGAGAGCAUGUAACCAUGAUAUGUUUCAGCUUCCUAGUGGGAUUCUAGGAAAGAGCUGGUUCGGGUUUCUCUGCCAGUUGAGACCUAAGGUUUCUGAGGUUUCUCAGCUCUUUGCCCAUGAAGCACACAGCUGAGAACCAGGUUCUUGAGGAGGGGCCAGGGUCUGGGCGGUUGGUCAAGUGAGAAGUGCAGGGGCUGUAGAGUCAGAGAUGCCAACCCCUGGCUCUGCUCCGUAGGCCUGGGCCUCAGUUUCCCCUUCUAGCAAAUGAAUGGGCUGGUACCAGAGCUGCUGGCUUCGUUGGUGCGUCUUAAUGGUGUUUUGCUGUGUCAGAGCGGUGGCUGCGGCGGGCUGGCCAGCACCAGUGUCUGCGGCAGAUGCAGGGAGGGUCAAGGAGACAAACUGAGGGUGUGCAUGAGGUUGUGGACGGGACUACCCCCACCCCAUUCCAGUCUCUGGGCCACUAGUGAGACAAAGAGGUCCCCGUGGUCAGGGUCCCCACUGACAUGCUCUCUGCAGUGUUCAGAAAACUCCCCUUCUCAGACUUUCCCUUGUGUUUCCCAGUCAUGACCCUUUCCCACCAGUAGUUCAGGCCCACUUGUCCCAAGGCCUUUCAGCCCUCACCAGUCUUUUGCUAGGGAUCAAGGAAGACUUUCAGGAAGGGCGGUGGUGUGUAGUUAAAACUGACGUGACCAAGAAAAAUGCCUACUUCAGCAGCCUUGCAGUGCUCACAAACACACAGAGCCCAGAAAAUUACCUUUAAAGACGUUAAGUUUUAUUUCCCAAAGUUAUUGGCCUUAGCCUCUCACUCUCCAGCCCACUCAAGCACCCAGAUCUUGCAGCAUCUUACGAGUGCUCUGGAAGCCCAGGCCCUUUCUUGGGAGUUGGGGAGCAAAGAUGGACAGUCGGUUUAGUCUUUACACAUAUGAGAUUUUAGAUACGUUUUUGCUGCUUGAUAAUACUUACAGAUACCUCAUUUCUGUUUUCCACUCUCCGUCUUGGGAGAGGUGCCAACUACCCAGGAGAGCUUGUGGAGCCCAGCACACAAUGGAACCUCUCCUCCCCUGGCCUCCUCUAGCCUGGCCCCGUGAGUCCCUCGCCUUAGGUCAGAAACUGUCUUCUCCCACUCCAUCCCCGCAGCAGCCUCUUUACUGGUUCCUCUCCCCUGUCUCUCCCUCUCCAUUCUGCACACUGCAGCUGGGAUGAACUUUCGGUGUUGUUAGCAGCUUUAUUGAGAUAUAAUUUACAUAGCAUACAGUUCACCCAUUUAAAGUGUACACUUCAGUGGCUUUUAGUAUAUUCACGGAGUUGUGCAUCCAUUGCCAUAGUCAAUGUUAGAAUAUUUUCAUCAUCAAAAAGAAACCCUGUACCCAUUUGCAGUACCCCAUUCCCUCUUCCCCACUGGCAACCACUAACUACUUUUUGUCUCUAUGGAUUUAUCUAUUCUGAACAUUUCAUAUAAAUGGGAAUGAUACACUUUGUGGCUGUUUGUGACUGGUUUCUUUAACUAAACAUAUUUUCGAGAUUCAUCCAUGUUGUAAUAUAUAUCAGUACUUCGUUUCUUUUUAUUGCUGAGUAAUGUUCCAUCGUAUGGAUAUACCAUAUUUUGUUUAUCCAUUCAUCAGUUGAUGGACCGGUGGGUUGUUUCUACUUUUUGGCUGUCAUAAAUAAUGCUGCUGUGAAAAUUCAUGUACAAGUUUUUACAUGGACAUAUGUUUUCAUUACUCUUGGGUUAUAUACCUAGGAGUGGAAUUGCUGGGUCCUCUGGUAUGUCUAUCUUUAACCUUUUGAAGAGCUGCCAGACUGUUUUCCAAGUGGCUGCAUCAUUUUCCAUUCCCCCCAGCAACGUUAUGAGGGUUCCAAUUUUUCCACAUCUUUGUCAAGACUUGUUAUUUUUUGAUGUGAAUUGAUAUCUCAUUAUGGUUUUGAUUUGCAUUUCCUUGAUGACUAAUGAUGUUGGGCAUCUUUUCAUGUGCUUCAGGAUGAACAUUCUUAAGAAGGUUAUUCCUAUUGCUCCUGCCUAAAAGCAUCACCAUUGCCAAUGGGAUAAAUUCUGAACUCCUUUGACAGCUCACAAGGCUGGUCAAGAUCUAGCCUCUGGCAGUAUCUCUAGCCUCUUCUCCCCAUCCUCCCCUACUUUCUGCUUACUGGUUUCCUGGAGGCAUCUUGAUCUCACCAGCCUCCCAGACUUUGCUCAGUGCUGUUCCUCCUCCCAGUGACACACCCCGCUGGUCCUCUCCUCAUCCCACCUCAGCUUUGCCUUCUCCUCUCCCUCAUCCUCAAGGACUUAUAAACCUCUCCAGGAAGCUACCUGCAACUUCCGGAGCCAGGUUAUUGGCCCUGUUAUGUGUCCCGUGGUACUGCCACGAAGGAGUCUUGUUACAUUCCAGGGUUAGGUUAUAAAGUCAUGCCUAGGAUAAAACUUGAGUGUAAUCAAAACUCCUUUUGGACACCCUGAGGAAGGCGCCGUAUUGAAGACCAUUAUCGCGAGGUGCAGCGCGGCUGGUUCCUGCCUGUGCGGGAAUAGGUCACAGUCUCUUCAGCUGAGCACCAGGAGAAGUGGUUAGCCUGCAAGUAGGGCCGUGUUAUGCAAGCAACACUUAUUUGUAGGUGUUAGACUCACACUGAGGCGAGCAGUUCGCUUUUGAAGAGGCUCUUGGGAACCGAGACAGGCCACAGGAGCAGCAGGGGCACGGGCUCACCUCAGGCCCCCACGCCUGUCUGCUCCGGGAGUGGAGGGGCAGAUGGAAUGGCCCAGAUGGCUUAAAAUUGUUUUCCUUGUCUUUUUUCUUUUUCCUAACUUUUUCAGACAAAUGCCGUUAUGUUUGCCUAAGUGAAAUAUGUAUGUAAUGCCAAAUCUCUGUACCCCCUCAAGCCAGCACACCGGUACACUGGAUUGCAGUUCCCUCUUCCUACUUUGUCUUUUUGUUAGACUGUGAGCUCCGUGAGAGCAGGGCCACAUCUGGCUUGGUCAUGGGGUUCCCCAGUCCGAGUGCCGUGCCUGGCACCUGGCAGAUCCCCUAUACGCAUAGCUGGAUGUGUAAAUUCCCCGGCUGCUGGAACAGCUCCAUUCUCUGAAGCCCCGGCAUACUCUUACAGGCUAGUCCUCGUGGUUCUGCCUUGUACACACAACACUUUAUUUUCAUGUUUUGUUUUCCCUGCUAGCAGCCCCUGUGAGCAGGCUUCUUCGUGUUGUUAUCUCUGUUCCUCCUACCAGGCCAGUCCAGAGUAAAUGGUGCCUAAAAAGUGUUUGGCAAAUGAAUGAAUUGUGGGAACCCAACCCAGCUCUGGCACCUUUGUCUGCAGGCUAGUCUGCUUCUAGUGGAGACUACCCGAUUCCAAAAAAGAGGAAGGUUGUUCACAAGUGCAUAAAUUGCACUUGCAUAAGAAAGAAUCUCAUCAAGUAGACCUCCAUGAAAUUCAAAUUUUGAUGAUCUGGCUAUAUCUGAGCUGAAGCUUACCUGGCUUUAUAAAGAAUUUGCUGGAGAGUCAUGUAGAUAAUCCAGAAUAUUUUUUAGAAAGCAUUCAUCUGCACCCAGGAGACCAAGAAAGGAAGCCGGCGGAUGGAUCAGAGGCCCCAAAGAGAGACUGCUGGGCCGAUUCUUAGCAUCUGGUCCAAUUGGUGAGGAAGUGACAGCAGCCCAAAGAAGACACAAAGAAACAGAACUCGUUCCUGGCAACAGCUCUUUUGCCUAAAGUAGGCUUCCCACUGUCACGCGGAGCGGUUUUAAAGUUGUGGUGAAAUGCUAACAGGCAAUUUGGAUUAAAGUUAACAGCAAAUGACGGCUUCACAGAUUAAUUAAUUGCUGCACAAAUAAGUUGAUGUACAAGUAUUUGCUUUUAAAUCUUACACAAUAAGAAGUAAAUUAGAAGUCAAACCAUUUUUUUCUUUGAAGAACUAAAAGGACAGAAUGUCUUUGAUGAUCUUGAGAACAGCAUACUGGCUUCAAGGCAGACUGUUGUUGUGUAGUCUGACCAAUAAUAAUGUAGAACUUUUCUUACAUGUUUAUAAAAUAAAUCUUAGAAGAAAAAUAAUACUGUAGCCUUUUUUAAAAAAAUGAAAUUCUAUGAACGUUUCACAGAACUUGGAUGUUCCUGGGAGCGGUUAGGGAAAUGCUGGCUCAAGAGCGUAUUUCUAAUAGUUGUGAGGCAUUGCAGUGGGCUUUUGCUCUGCUGUAAAUACAGCUCUAGGGUAUGGGUGGUCUUUAACCUACCAAAGUCAGCACCCGGCACCUGGGGUUCUUACCUGGUUUUGUUGGAGCAAUUCCAGAGGCCCCCUCUGGAUGACAAGAGUCUUCAGUAGUUGAGAUUUUGUGUUACCUCAGACUGUGUCACCCCUGCCUCGGGACCAGUGUUGGUUAGAGCAGGAGACCACACCAUCGACAGGAGAGGUGACAAGGCCUUCCCGUCCCUUCCUGGGGCUAUCAUGUGUUUAAUGCGUCACCUCUUCUUAGUGGCAGGAGUUCCUCAGAGGGCCCGUGAGCAGGAGACGGCACUUUUUUGCUCAGGUAGAAUGUCUUCUGUGGGGAGGUCAAAUGGGGUGAUGCCUGGGGCUGGGCCCGGAGCCUUGGGGAUUCGUUCUAUCUCAUCUGCAGACUUGAAAAAAAACCCAAGCGAGUCCCUUCGCUUCUUGGGACCUCAGUGUCCCUGCCUGUCAGAUGAAGGGCUCAAGUGGGAUGACCUCCAGGUUUCCUUCUAGUGCUAAUGUGAGUUCUAGGAUCUUUGCUGAGCUUUCCCAAGGAGCAUCAGGAGUGUAAGUUGGACGGGAAGGAGUUGGGGGCAAGCAAGAGGCCUAAGCCCUUGCACCCUUGGUUCCAUGAGCCAGUGCAACACCCCCUCCCCAGCCCUGCGUUGUGAAGGGAGAAGGAGAUCCUCUCCCUUGCUCCCUUCCCUGUUCGGCCCCCCUUCCCCAUUGCGCACACGCACCAUUCUGUGUUUUACUUGGGAGAUUUUUUAGGAGGUAGCCCAGUGUCUUAUUAAUCAGCUCAGGCUGCUCUAACAAAAUGCCAUGGGCUGGGUGGCUUAAAUAACAGAAGUUUAUUUUCUCACGGUCUAAAGGUCGAAGUCCAGGAUCAGCGUGCUAGUAGUUGGGUUCGCACGAGGCCUCUCUUCCUGGCUUGCAGACAGCAUCUCACUGUGUGCUCACAUGGCCUUUCCUUGGUGCGUGCGCUUGGAGAGAGAGAUGUCUCUUCCUCUUCUCAAGCCACCAAGCCUACUGGAUUAGGGCCCUACCUUUUUUUUUUUUUUUUUAAUUUUAUUUAUUUUUGGCUGCCUUGGGUCUUCGUUGCUGUGCACGGACUUUCUCUAGUUGCGGCGAGCGGGGGCUACUCUUCGUUGCGGUGCACAGGCUUCUCAUUGCGGUGGCUUCUCUUGAUGCAGAGCACGGGCUCUAGGUGCGAGGGCUUCAGUAGUUGUGGCGCACGGGCUUAGCUGCUCUGCGGCAUGUGGGAUCUUCCCGGACCAGGGCUCGAACCUGUGUCCCCUGCACUGGCAGACAGAUUCUUAAUCAGUGUGCCACCAGGGAAGUCCUGGACCCUACCUUUUUGAUCUUGAUUAUCUCCUAAAGGCUCUAUCUCCAAAGGUAGUCACAUUGGGGGUUAUGGCGUCAACAUAUGAAUUUGGGGAGGGGGACACAGUCCAGUCCAUGGCACCCAGUAAUGCAAGGGUCCCAGUAUGUGUUUGUGGAAUGAGGUCACUGCUUUUUAAAAGCUCACAGACUGGGAGGGAUUUUGAUCCAUGGGUCUGAAGGCAGUAGGGUUUGUAGUUCAGAGUCCUGGUUCUGGAGGAAACAGACCCAUUUGAGUCCACCUCGGCCACUUACUAGCCAUAUGGCCUUGGGCAAAUUACUUAACCUCUACCUCUGAGCCAGCAUCCUCAUCUGCAAAAUCGGGAUAACCAAGUAUGGUGGCUGUGAGGAUCAGAUGAGGGCUUGUGUGGAAGGCCCUUGGCACUGAGUCUGCGUCCCCUCCUGACGCUCAGUCAAUGGGAGUGAUUACGACUGCUUUUCAGUCUUCCCGGUGCCGCUUUGCCAGCUCUGUCCUCCACUGCAGUCCCGUGUCUAGUCUCAGUAACAUCCUCACUCUUCCAAAUGCCCUCCUCCCAGCCUCCUAGGACUCAGAAGGCAAGUGGGUAAUUAGAAAUAUUUCCUGUGUCUGGGGGCGAUGAGGCAGGCCUGUGGGGACAGCCCCCAUCCCCUGGUGAGUUGUGCUCUCCACUCAUUCUCCAGACAAAGCAGUUAGUCCUUUUAGCUCAGGCUGAACAUGUGUCCUCCAUCCCCUAACUUUUAAAACUUUUUAUUGUGAAAUAAUUGAACAAUUACAGAAUAGUUUCAAGGGUAGAACAAAGAACAUUUUGCCACAUUUCAUUAUUCGUUCUUUUCUUCCUCCCCUCCCUCCCCCCUCACCCCCUUGUCCCCCACCAACCACGAACUGUUUGAGAGUUAUUUGCAUACAUCGCGUCCCUUUACUCCCUAAAUGUAAUACUUUAGUGUACAUUUUCUAAGAACAAGGGCAUUCUCUCAUAUGACCAGAGUAUUGUUAUCAAAUUCAGGAAAUGUAUAAUUUUAAUCAGUACAGUAGUACCUAAUGCGUGGUUCAUGCUUCAGUUUUGCCAACUGUCGCAAUAAUGUUUUUUUCUGGUCCAGGAUACAAUCCAGGAUCACACACUACAGUUAAUAUCCUGUCUUUAGUCUCUUAUAAUGUGGAGCAAUUCCUUUGCCUUUCUUUGCCUUCUAUGAUAUUGAUGUUUUUGAAGUGUUCAGUCCGGUUAUGUUGUAGAAUUCCCUCAAGUUGGUCCCUUAACAUUUGUUUAAAGUAAAAUGAGCUAAGAAGCCAUUUUCACAUUGCUUUUGGAUGUAGCUACUGAAAUGCCCAGCCUUGCCUUAGGCUCUGUGAACCGGGAGGAUUAUAUAGCCUGGCUCUGACUUGGGACCUUAAGUCUGGGUUUGUGGGGACAGCAGUUACUGUCAGAAGGGCUUGAAGGGCCCCUGCGUGCUCGUGAUUAGGGGUCUGCUGUGCUGGCACCAACAAGCUUGGAAAAUACAUCUCGGAUGGAUGCAGGAUGAGUCAGCAUUCUGGAAGUCUCCAAAGAUGCAGAAAAUGGCCCUGCACCUGUUCCAGCAUCCACCCAUCAACUUCGCCCGGCCUCCAGAGAUGUCCUAAAGUUCACACUCCAAACCAAAGUCCUGUUUUCUCUCAGAAACCUCCAGCAGGCUGCAGUCGUGGGUUCCAGCCUGUCCUUACUGCUGCUCUGCUCUGCGGCCUGGGUCUGUUCUCUCCCGCUCUGGGCCAGUGGUGGGAGGGGAGCCCCUCCUUGCUCUGCCAAGUGCCCCUGGCACUGGGAACAGGGAGGGAAAGAGUCACUGAGCCCUGAGUGUGGGAAGACAACCAGCACCCUGGCCUAUGACGAGGUUAAGCCAACUUGGGAUGAUCUGGCAGAUGACUCAUCAGACCCGGAGCUUUGCUUUUUCAUCUGUUUAACUUCUCUGUUGGAUGGUAUAUACUGUGAAAAACAGUGAAUCGUAAUCUCUAUUCAGACAACCGUGUAACAUCAGGGAACUAUCUUGCUAGUUGGAGGUAUUUUGUCAGACCAAAGCAAACAACGCAAGAAUGUUAUAAGUGACAUCAGUCUUUACAGAACUUUGGCCAAGCAGGCUUUCACUGUGAGAAACAAGAUAAAAUUGAUUUUCAUCUAGUCAUUAAGUCAAUACCAUUGCUGUGUUUUAACACAUAUUAACACUUCAAAGUGCUCUCCCUGGAGAUGCAGACAUUCAUGUGAGAGAGACAUAGAGUCCCCUGCCUUUUUGAUUGUAAAUUAAUUAAAAUUAAAUAAAAUUGAAAAUUCA